CGCCCGUAAAGAGCUGGGGAAUGAGGCGACUGCAGGAGCCUUCGGCGUCGCAGCUUGGGCGAGCCCCAUGAGGAGGGGGAGAGGCGAGAGCGCGUCUCAGCAGGGAAAGGGAAGAAGCCGGCGUUAGCGUGAGGAGCAGAUGGGCUCACUUAAAUCACAAUGUUGGAAUCAUAUGUGACUCCUAUUCUGAUGAGUUAUGUCAAUCGCUAUAUUAAGAACUUGAAGCCCUCCGAUCUACAGCUGUCACUCUGGGGAGGAGAUGUAGUUCUUAGCAAACUUGAACUAAAACUUGAUGUACUGGAACAGGAGUUGAAACUGCCGUUUACAUUUUUAAGUGGUCACAUUCAUGAGUUGCGUAUCCACGUGCCAUGGACAAAGCUUGGUUCCGAGCCAGUUGUGAUUACAAUCAAUACAAUGGAAUGCAUCUUGAAGCUAAAGGAUGGGGCCCAGGAUGAUCAUGAAAGCUGUGGCUCCAGUUCAACUAAUCGUAGCACCACAGAAAGUGCAAAGACAUCAGUGAGACCACGAAGAAUUCAACAGACCACUCCUGAUUCUGAUUUGCCACCAGGCUAUGUACAGAGUUUAAUUUGGCGUGUUGUAAACAAUGUCAAUAUUGUCAUCAAUAAUCUCAUACUCAAAUAUGUCGAAGAUGAUAUUGUUCUUUCAGUCAAUAUUACUUCAGCAGAAUGUUACACAGUGGAUGAAUUUUGGGAUCGAGCAUUUAUGGAUAUAUCAGCAACAGAUAUGGUAUUAAGGAAGGUGAUCAAUUUUUCUGACUGUACGGUGUGCUUAGACAAGAGGAAUGCUAGUGGGAAAAUUGAAUUUUAUCAAGAUCCCCUACUUUACAAGUGUUCAUUCAGGACCCGUCUGCACUUCACUUAUGAUAAUCUUAAUUCUAAGAUGCCAUCUGUUAUUAAAAUCCAUACUUUAGUUGAAAGCUUGAAACUGUCUAUUACUGACCAGCAACUUCCUAUGUUUAUUCGUAUAAUGCAACUUGGGAUUGCACUGUACUAUGGAGAAAUAGGCAACUUUAAAGAUGGAGAAAAUGAAGACUUCGUUUGUCACACUAAGGAUGUUUUGGGAAAUAUCUCAGGUUUGGAAGAUGAAAUAGGGCAUGAUAUGCAGUAUGUUCCUCCAGAGUCUUAUGUUCAACAAGAUGAUGACCAGCAGCAGGGAUGGGUAUCAUGGGCCUGGUCUUUUGUACCUGCUAUUGUGGGUAAUGAUGCUGAAGAGGGAGACUCCGCUGGAACAGAUGAUGAAUCAGCAAUGAAUCAGCAGAAAUCACCAACUGUUAAAGAUCCUGUGGUAUCUAUUGGAUUUUACUGCACAAAGGCCACUGUCACGUUCAAGCUUACUGAAAUGCAAGCUGAAAGUAGUUAUUACAGUCCACAGAAAGUAAAAUCUAAAGAAAUAAUACGCUGGGAACAAGAAGGAACUACAGUUGAGGUCCUCAUGAGGGGAGGGCCCUUCUUUGACUGCCAAAUAGGCUUCGUUGGUUGUCAAGCUCUUUGUCUUAAAGGAAUUAUGGGAAUUAAAGAUUUUGAAGAAAAUAAUAAUAGAAGUGAUGCAGAGGCCUACUUUUUCAGUUGUGGAGAAAAUUUAAGCACAAAAGGAAUGACAUAUCUCACCAAUUCACUGUUUGAUUACAGAAGUCCAGAAAACAAUGGAGUUCGUGCAGAUUUCAUUUUGGAUGCAGCUGCUCACAAGGAGAUGUACACAGAGAUAUCUGGAAUGCAGAGGUUUGGGGCUUUCUACAUGGAUUAUCUGUACACAAUGGAAAGCACCAGUGGCAAAGGUUCUGGAAAUCAAGCAGAGGCAUCUUUAGUGAAGAUUGAAGACUUGGGCAGUGUUCAUGAGAUGUCUACAAAAAGUCUGAUUGUAGGCCCUCUCAGUCUUCGACUUGACAGCAGUGUAGUGCACAGGAUUAUGAAAAUGGUUACUUGUGCUUUAGAACAUGAAUAUGAGCCAUACAGCAAGCCUAACGAAGAUUUUAUAGAUGCAACUAAAGCUGUGCCAAGCUCAGAAGAAAUAGCAGUUUUGGAGGAAUGUAUUCCAACCCGAAUUACCAACUUCACGAUUCUGAAAUGCACUGUUACAGUUCCCAUGGCUGAAUUUAACUUGCUGUGCCACUUGCUGCCUGUAAUCAUGGGUCAAAAGAAUUCAAGCAGCCUCUUAAAUACUACCAGUCUUCAGCCUCUACGUCCUCUACCUUGUAUCCAAAUAUUGGUGGACAAAAUUGUCUUGGAACACUCUGUACCAAUGUAUGCUGAAUACCUUGUACAAGCUGUCAGCAGCCUUAGCCAACCAUCUGAUAACUUACUUCACUAUUGUUAUGCACACUGCUAUCUGAAGAUAUUUGGUUUUCAGGCAGGGCUGUCCUUAUUGGAUAUUAAUGGGUCAUACAGCUCACCAGUCUCAGUCAUUCCCCCUUUCAGUACUGCUAUUUAUGGUAAAAUGCUGCAGCUUCCAAAGUGUUGGUCAAAGCGGUCUCAUGUUGCUGUGAAAGAAUGUAUAUUUGAGCUUCCAAAUCUGACAAUCCAAGCAACGAGAGCCCAGACAUUUUUACUGCAAACUAUUUGGCAGAGUUGGGUUUAUAUUGGAAGUGUUAAUUCACCUGUUGUAAAUGAAGCUUUGCUGAAUGAGGUCUUCCAACUAUCAGGUGUGAAAUCUAAGAAUCCCCUGCCAACUCUUGAGGGCUCAAUCCAGAAUGUUGAAUUGAAGUACUGCAGCACAUCAUUGGUCAAAUGUGCCUCUGGGACCAUGGGAUCAAUAAAAAUUUGUGCCAAAGCCCCAGGUGAUGGUGGAAAGGAGAAGCUAAUCCCUUUAAUUCAAGGACCAUCUGAUACUAGAGACUUGCACAGCAGCAAGUGGCUCAAUGAAAGCCGAAAACCAGAGUCUCUCCUUGCUCCAGAUUUAUUGGCCUUCACGAUUCAAGUCCCUCAGCAUAAGGACUACAGUUAUAACUCAGGUGCUGUGCUUUUAGCAAACAUGCAGGGAUUAACAGUCAACAUUGACCCAGUCUUAUAUACUUGGCUUACAUACCAACCUCAGAAACGGAGCAGUAGACCCAUGCAACAGUCUGGAUCAGUUUCUCUUGGGACGCCAGUAACUAGGAAAAAAGAGGAUGAGGUGUCAGUUGGAAGCGCGCCUUUGGCUAAGCAGCAAUCAAAUCAGGCCUCAGAAUAUGCCAGCAGUCCUGUCAAAACAAAAACAGUAACAGAAUCUCGGCCUUUAUCAGUUCCAGUGAAAGCCAUGCUGAGCUCUUCUGAAAGCUGCAACAAAAGUCCUGAGGAAAGAAUGAAAGAAUUUAUUGGAGUUGUGUGGAAUGCAGUCAAGCGCCUUACACUUCAGCUUGAAGUGCAGUCCUGCUGUGUGUUCAUUCCAAAUGACAGUCUGCCAUCUCCUAGUACAAUUGUGUCUGGUGAUAUUCCUGGGACCGUCCGAAGUUGGUAUCAUGGGCAGGCCAGUAUGCCUGGAACUCUUGUUCUUUGCUUACCCCAGGUAAAGAUUAUGAGUGCUGGCCACAAGUACAUGGAGCCCCUGCAAGAGAUUCCCUUUGUCAUGCAAAGACCAAUUGUCGAAGAAGGUGAUGCUUUCCCUUGGACAAUCAGUUUGAAUCAUUUCAGUAUCUACACUCUUCUUGGGAAGCAAAUGACCCUUAAUUUAAUAGAGCCCAUGGGUUGCACUUCUACUUUGGCAGUGACUUCACAAAAAUUGCCUGCUGCAGGGUCUGAAUAUAGGCACUCAUUUGUUGUAUGUCUUCAUGUCGACCUUGAGUCACUAGAAGUAAAAUGCUCAAAUCCUCAGGUGCAGUUGCUGUAUGAACUAACAGAUAUCGUGAACAAAGUGUGGAAUAAAAUUCAAAAGAAAGGGACUUUGCAUCAAUCUGUGACCUGCACAGAAUCCAUUUCAGGGCCUGUACCUCCUAGUUCCCCCGUUAAAAGCAGCGUUGGGACAGCUCCACCAGAUACCAGCACGUGUAGCCCAUCUGCUGACAUUGGGACAACUACAGAGGGUGAAUCUCUUCAAGGUGGCGAUGAUUCUCCAUUUUCAGACUCUGUUACCUUAGAGCAAACAACAAGCAAUAUUGGCAUAGCAAGUGGACGUGUUAGCUUAUGGAUGCAAUGGAUGUUGCCAAAGCUCACAGUAAAGUUGUUUGCUCCAGACCCAGAAAGUAAAGGCACAGAGAUUUGCGUUGUUAGUGAAUUAGAAGAUCUCAGCGCCUCAGUAGAUGUACAAGAUGUCUACACUAAAGUGAAAUGUAAAAUAGAAAGCUUCAAUAUUGACCACUACAGAAACAGACCAGGAGAAGGCUGGCAAUGUGGAGUUUUUGAAGGCAUAUUUCUACAAUGCAAAGAAAAGCUUGUGACAACUGCAAAACUUUUGGAUGGUUCUCAUCAACAGCACGGAUUUCUCUCCCUGACUUAUACAAAGGCAGUCACCAAAAACGUCCGUCACAAAUUGAUUUCAAGAAAUGAACGGAGAAUCUUGCAUAAAUUAUCUGAGAGUUUCACUGACGGUUCUCCUCAUUUCCUCCAUGAGAUCCUUCUUUCAGCUCAGGCAUUUGAUGUUGUCCUCUGCUUUCCUUUUCUCAAUGCAAUUGCAAGUAUAUUUCAAGCAAAAUUGCCACGGAGUCCAAAAGAGAAAAGAAAAUCACCAGGCCAGCCUACAAGGACUCAUAUACUCACAUCUCGCAACUUGCCACUAAUUUAUAUCAACACUGGGGUAAUCAGAAUAUUCUUUCCCCACAUGGAAGAAACGCAGCAUAAUAUAGAAGCUAACAAAGAAGAUACUUUGGUCCUUAGAAUUGGUUCUGUGUCUAUGGCUCCGCAGGCUGACAAUCCUCUUAGUAGAGUUGUGCUGAGAAAAGAUAUUUAUCAGAGAGCUUCAAAUCUAGGAAUUAUUCGAGAUCCUGGAUCAGAGGUUGAAGACAGGCAAUAUCAAAUAGAUCUCCAUUCCAUCAACAUUGGUACAGCUCAGUGGGAUCAGUUGAAGCCAGAGAAAGAGAAUGGCAAAGGAAGGACACUGCCAGAAAAUGAAAGAAAUUCUCAGAAUCCAGCACUUGAAUGGAAUAUGGCCAGUAGCAUAAGGCGACAACAAGAGCGGAGAGCUAUUUUAACUCCAAUCUUAACAGACUUUACAGUACGAAUAACCGCAGCUCCUGCCAUCAUUUUCACGAAAGUAAUUUCACCAGAGAAUUUGCAUACAGAGGAGAUUUUAGUUUGUGGCCAUUCUUUGGAAGUGAAUAUGACAACAAGCUUGGACUUCUUCCUCAGUGUGGCUCAAGUACAACUUCUACAGCAAUUAAUACAAGCGAAUAUGGUUGCUUUGGAACCGUCCAGUAAAGCUGCAGAGGUUACCAAACAGGAACAGAAAAAAAUGGAUACAUCUGAGGGAGGUAUAGCUGAAACAUCUUCACGUUACAGUGGUGCCCAGGACAGUGGUAUUGGCAGUGACAGUGUUAAAAUCCGAAUAGUUCAAAUAGAACAACACAGUGGUACCAGCCACCACCGCAUUGCCCGUCCUUCCCGGCAGUCUUCAAUUGUGAAGAACCUGAACUUUAUUCCCUUUGACAUUUUUAUUACAGCCAGCCGAAUCUCUUUUAUGACAUACUCAUGUACCGCGUUAGCUAAAUCAAAAUCACUGGAGGAUCAGAAGGAUGGUGAAAAAAUAAGCAAAAGUUCAUUAAAACUUUCAGAAACAGACUCAGGCAUGGAUAAUAAUUGCAAAAAUCCCAUUGGAGUAGGCAUUUCAUCAGUAACAGCAGAUGAUCUCCUGAACAGUAAUAGUUCAUUAACCUCUGCUAAAAAGGCAGGAGUUCUGUCACUGGAAAGUCUCCAUGCUUCUACAAGAUCAUCUGCUAGGCAAGCCCUGGGUAUAACUAUCGUUCGGCAGCCUGGUCGCAGAGGAACCAGUGACCUGCAACUAGAGCCAUUUUUGCACCUUGUUGUAUCCCAACCUUCUUUGAUCUUAAGCUGUCAUCAUAGAAAACAAAGAGUGGAAGUAUCUGUAUUUGAUGCUGUCCUCAAAGGUGUAGCAUCAGACUACAAAUGUACAGAUGCUGGAAAAACUCUCCCAGAAACUCUUGACUACUGCAAGACAUGGUUACAGACAGUGGCAGGAGAAAUAGAUCCUAAAAGUGGCAUCCCACCUCCUCUCAUCACGUUCCAGAUUAAAGACUUUCUCAAUGGGCCAGCUGACAUAAAUGUGGAUAUAUCAAAGCCCUUGAAAGCAAAUUUCAGCUUUGUCAAGCUAGAUCAAAUAAAACAAUUUAUGAAGAAGAUCAGAAGCAAAAGUGAUUAUGAGACCCAAGAAGAAAAUGCUUUAGCUGCUGAUAGUCUUCCAAAGAAGGAUGACACCUUGACAUCCCCGUGUUACAAAAGCAGGAUUUCUUACUCAGAAGAUCAUGGUGAUGGAGGGCAGAAGAUUUCAACUCAAGAAAAUCUGUGGAGGGACAUUUCCUGUUGUCAGAAGAUUUCUGUCCACACCACUCAGAUGGUGGUCUCUGUGGAAACUCACCCAAAUCCUAGUAAACCCUGCUUACUAGCAUCUUUAGCAAGUCUCAGUGGACAUUUGAAUGUGAAAGCUAACUCUAAGAGUAAAGGUAUAAUUAAUGGCUCAUCUUUUAUGCUUGAUAUCAAUGAUUUCCUCAUUAAGACAAGUCUCAAGGAAAAAAGCCGAACACUGGUUGGACCUGUCUGCGGUUCUGUCAUUGUGGAAGCUAAAUGGUGUAAGCACAGUGGUAACCCUGGUCCAGAGCUGUCAGUUCCAAAAGUCCAUGUUGACGUGAGAGGUGGACUGUUGCAGGUUUUCUGGGGUCAAGAACAUUUGAAUUGCUUAGUUCUUAUACAUGAACUUCUGCAGUGUUACCUUCAGCGAGAAGAGAGGAUGGAGAAACAGAGCUCUGAUCAUAUAUAUCCAAUGCCCCUUCCUUCAGACAGAAACCAGGGCUCUAAAACAGAGCAUACGUCAGAUGAUCUAAGAACAGGCUUGUUCCAGUACAUACAAGACACAGAGGCGCAGAAACUACCCAGUGCCUAUGAAGUUGUGUUUUACAAUGAAACGGAGGAUAAUCCAGGAAUGAUGUUAUGGAGGUAUCCAGAGCCCAGGGUGCUGACCCUUGUGAGAAUUACUCCAGUUCCUUUUAACACCACAGAAGACCCAGAUAUUAGCACUGCAGACCUCGGUGAUGUUCUACAGAUUCCUUGCAGCUUGGAGUACUGGGAUGAGCUCCAGAAAUCAUUUGUAGCAUUCAGAGAAUUCAGCCUAUCAGAAAGCAAGGUUUGUGAACUGCCACUGCCUAGUAUUGACUUAAUGACUGACCAGAAAGAGCUUGUAGCUUCGGAUCUUUGGAGGAUUGUCCUGAACAGCAAUCAGAAUUCAGGAGAUGACCAAAGCUCUGAAAGUGAAUCAGGCUCUCAAAGUGUGUGUGAUCAGCUUGUAACUCCUACUGCAUUAGCAGCCUGUACCAGGGUGGACUCAUGCUUUACACCUUGGUUUGUGCCUGCCCUUGGGGUUUCCGUCCAGCUUGCUGAUUUAGAACUUCAUCUUUGCCACCAUCUUGAUCAGCUAGGCACAGUGACUCCAAAGUUCCUUCAUCCAUUUAUCUCUGAUAAAAAUGUGCCAAAUGAGCUGGAACACUUAAUAAUCUCAUUCAAAGAACCACAUAUCUAUCUACGGCAGUGGAGUGACAGCUCAGUCUUCAAAGAGAUCCAAUUCUCUACCAGGAUUGACUGCAAACUUUUGGAAUAUCGAAACGUAACAAUGCAGACUAUUGUGAAGCCCUUCGGGAUGUUUGGGCAGAUUGCUGUUUCUGGCAAUUUAGAGGAAAAGCUACUGGACUGCAAAGUUACUGUGGACCCCGUAUUUGUCAGCUUUGGGCAACAUGCAGUUCACUCUCUCCAUAAAGCAAUUCAAGCUUGGCAACAGAACCAGUGCCCCGAGGCAGAAGAAUUGGUCUUCAGCCAUUUUGUAAUCUGUAAUGACACACAGGAGACACUGCGGUUUGGCCAGGUGGAUACUGACGAAAAUGUUUUGCUGGCUAGCCUCCACAGUCACCAGUACAGCUGGCGCUCUCACAAGUCCCCGCAGCUGCUCCAUAUCUGUAUUGAAGGUUGGGGAAACUGGCGGUGGUCUGAGCCAUUUAAUGUAGAUAACACGGGAACAUUUAUCAGAACCAUUCAGUACAAGGGAAGGACAGCAUCCCUUAUCAUCAAGGUCCAGCAGCUGAAUGGAGUGCAAAAACAAAUCAUUAUUUGUGGGAGACAGAUUGUGUGCAGUUAUCUCUCUGAAAGCAUUGAACUGAAAGUCAUUCAGCAUUACAUAGGGCAGGAUGGCCAGGCAGUUGUGAAGGAACAUUUUGAUUGCCUUGCUCCAAACCAGAAGCUACCUUCAUAUGUCCUAGAAAACAAUGAGCUAACAGAAUUGAGUGUGAAAGCUCAAGGAGAUGAAGACUGGUCAAGAGAUGUCACCCUUGAGCCCAAGCACACUGAAUACAGCAUAGUCGUUCAGGUGCCAUCUUCAAACAGUUCUAUUAUUUAUGUAUGGUGCAUGGUUUUGACGCUGGAGCCCAAUUCGCAAGUACAGCAACGAAUUAUUGUUUUCAGUCCUCUUUUUAUCAUGAGAAGCCAUCUUCCAGAUCCCAUCAUCAUUCAUUUAGAGAAAAGGAGUCUGGGAUUGAAUGAAAUACAAAUAAUUCCAGGAAAAGGGCAAGAGAAAUCACUGCAAAACAUAGAACCUGAUCUAACCCAUCACCUGACCUUCCAAGCUAGGGAAGAAGAUGAUCCAUCCGAAUGUGCUGUCCCCAUCUCAACAGCACUUAUUAAGCAAAUAGCCACCAAAUCAAAUACUGGAGGCACUGCAAAUGAAAUACUUUCUGAGUUCUAUGGAUGUGGCAGUCCUCCUCAGUCGGUGUGGCCUUAUUCAAAAAAGGAUUGUGUCAGCAGCGAACAGCUCACUCAGUGGGAUAGCCCCAUGCGGGUGAAACUGUCUAUGUGGAAGCCAUGUGUGAAAACUCUGCUGAUAGAACUCCUGCCAUGGGCUCUGCUGAUCAAUCAUUCCAAAUGGGAUCUUUGGCUCUUUGAAGGAGAGAAGAUUGUUCUGCAGAUACCUGCUGGGAAAACGAUGAUACCUCCAAACUUUCAGGAAGCUUUCCAAAUUGGAAUAUAUUGGGCAAACACAAACACUGUGCACAAGUCAGUAGCAAUUAAACUUGUCCACAAUGUCACAUCGCCAAAAUGGAAGGAUGGAGACACUGAGGAGGUGGUAACAUUGGAUGAAGAAGGGUUUGUUGAAGCUGAGAUAAGACUUGGAGCCUUUCCAGGGCAUCAGAAGCUGUGUCAGUUCUGCAUUUCUUCUAUUAUUCAACGUGGUAUUCAAAUCCUGCAAAUCGAAGACAAGAGCAUCAUUGUCAAUAACACUCCAUACCAAAUAUAUUAUAAGCCCCAGCUCUCUGUCACGAAGCCCCAGUUGAAAGAGGAGUGCCUACAUAUUCCAGACAGUACUACAUUUAGCAUCUUCUCUGCAACAGAGUCAGACAGUUCAAAAACAAGCUCCAUUCUUUUCUGGGAUCUGAUGCCUGAUAUGAACCAGUCAGUUCCUGAUGUGCUGCCUCUUCAAAAAUACAUGUUUUUAAGCUUCAGACCUGCCGUAAACGGCCAUGCUUUGUGUUGGAGCCCACCAGCCAUUAUCAGACAGGAAUUUCCAAGGCAGAGUGUAGCCAUACCUAUUGCAGAUAAAAAUGGAAAUGACUUCUGCACCAGAGCUAUAGCAUUAACUUAUCAGGAGCAUCUUGGGGUGACAUAUUUAACUUUAUCAGAAGAUCCGAGUCCUCGCAUAAUUAUCCACAACAGGUGUGCUGCCUCAUUGCUUUUAAAGGAGAACAUCAAAGACACACCAAGGUUUGAUGUUUACUGCAAACAUGUCCCAGCAGAAAGUUCAGUGCACCAUGAACUUUAUCAUCAAGUUUCCAGCUAUCCAGAUUGCAAAACCAAAGACUUGCUACCCAGCAUCCUUUUGAAAGUGAUACCAAUCGAGGAAUUAACCAAUGAGUGGAGUGAUUUUGUGGACAUUAAUAACCAAGGCACACAGAUCAUCUUCUUAACUGGCUUUGGCUAUGUUUAUGUGGAUAUUGCUCAUCAGUGUGGAACUAUAGUGAUAACUUUGGCCCCCGAAGGUAGGCCAGGACACCAGAUCCACCUGAACAGAACUCAAGAGGAGAGUCUCGUGUUUCAAAUGUUCAUCAGCCAGCUGAGCUUUGCUGUGUAUGAUGAUGUCACAAACCCCAGAAUAUCAUCCGAACUUGUGCGGUUCAUGUUGGACAAUGUUUACCUUCGUAUGGUUCCAGUUGCCAGCUACCUCAGACCUCUGUCUCAUGAAUUUCCCGGGGAGACCACUAGCGACCUUCAGUUUUAUACUCUCCAGAUCUUUUGUGGAGACUUGCAGCUGGACAAUCAGCUUUACAACAAAUCCAAUUUCCAUUUUCCGGUCCUGCUCUGCCAGGGAGAGAAAAACGAGCCCAUGCAGUGGACUAAAGUGCAUAACCUCAUGGUAUCCAACAAAGACUUGGAAGAGUACAGCGAAAACUCCUUCCUCAAACUCUGCUUCACUUUGUUGAAAGAGCAGAAUUUGCUGUUUCAUGUGAAUGACCUCAGUUUUGAAAUGAAACCAGCAAGAUUGUAUGUGGAAGACACGUUUGUUUAUUACAUUAAGACUUUAUUUGAGACAUACCUGCCAGACUGCAGAGGAGUCUGCCAUUCCACAAAAACUUCUGCUUUAAACCAGAUACUGCCUGAAAGGGUGAGGCAGCAUGCAAACGCUUUGCUCUGUCCAGUGAAAUUAAGGAGGUUAGCAAUUCAGCCAGUUAGCCUCUUGGUCAGCAUCCAUGCCUCACUGAAGCUAUAUAUUGCUUCAGAUCACACCCCUCUCUCCUUCUCCGUCUUUGAGCGUGGACCCAUUUUCACAACUGCCAGGCAGCUGAUUCAUGCGUUGGCCAUGCAUUAUGCUGCAGGAGCAUUAUUCAGAGCAGGAUGGGUCGUGGGAUCUCUGGAAAUUCUUGGAAGUCCUGCAAGCUUGGUAAGAAGCAUAGGAAAUGGGAUUGCUGAUUUCUUCAGGCUCCCGUACGAAGGACUAACUCGUGGUCCAGGAGCCUUUGUUAGUGGCGUUUCCAGAGGAACCACAUCCUUUGUAAAACAUAUUUCCAAAGGCACGUUGACAUCAAUUACCAACCUGGCAACAAGCCUUGCUCGGAAUAUGGACAGGCUGUCACUGGACGAGGAGCACUAUAACAGGCAAGAAGAAUGGAGAAGACAGCUCCCUGAGAAUCUGGGAGAAGGACUGAGACAGGGUCUCUCUCGAUUAGGCAUCAGCCUUCUAGGUGCGAUUGCUGGUAUUGUAGAUCAGCCAAUGCAGAACUUCCAGAAAACAUCAGAGGCCCAGGCUUCAGCUGGACACAAGGCCAAAGGUGUCAUCUCUGGUGUAGGAAAAGGAAUCAUGGGAGUUCUGGUGAAGCCCAUUGGAGGGGCAGCUGAGCUAGUAUCACAGACUGGCUAUGGUAUUUUGCAUGGAGCUGGACUUUCUCAGCAUCCCAAACAGCGCUAUCCUCCAAGCGAUCAACAUGCAGAGCAGGCUCCAAACAGCCACGUCAAAUACAUCUGGAAAAUGCUUCAGUCUCUAGGGAGACCAGAGGCUCACAUGGCCUUGGAUGUGGUAAUUGUGAGUGGAUCAGGCCAGGAACAUGAAGGAUGCUUGCUGCUUACUUCAGAGGUGCUGUUUGUGGUUAGUGUCAGCGAAGACACGCAGCAGCAAGCAUUUCCAGUGACCGAAAUUGAGUGUCUACAAGAUAGUCAACAAAACAACUUGCUGAAGGUGCAGCUCAGGCAGCAGAGAGUCCCUUGUGACUUGGAGGCUGACGGAGGCAGAGAGAGGCUGUCUGAACAGCAGUACAACAGACUCGUGGACUACGUCACGAAAGCUUCCUUCCAUUUUGUACCCAGCCCUGUAUCUCUGCAGACCCCGACACAUGUUGUCGCUGCAGAGCCCAUUCCUACUACGGUUAAGACUUAUCAGUACCUUGUGGAUCCUGUUUUUGUCCAAGUAUUUCUAAGUAAAUUUACUACAGUAAAAAAUAAAGCUUUAAGAAGGGGGUUUCACUGAAAAAAGCCUGUAGCAGGAAUUCUGUUUCCACUUUAAAAGUGUAAUGUCUUCUAUGCAGUUGCUUAAUGUGAAUUUUUAAUUCCACAUCCCACACAACAACAUAUUUAAAUUUUGUGGGCUGGUAUAGUGGAGUAGCACAAUUUUUUUGUAACUCAAGAUUAGAUUUUCUGUAUAGCCUAUCUGGCAUGUGGUGGUUCCUGAUCUCAUCCACUUCCCAGGCAGAUCUGCAAGAAAUAUUAAAGUGUUGUGUCAAAUCUUCUAAUAAGCUAAGCUGUCAAGUAAAGGGAAAUGUAGAGCUCUGUGAGAUGAUUGUGAGAAUUCUUUGUCCUUUUGACUAGGAAAAUCAGACAUACGGAGAUAAGAGAAACAGUGCGCAAUGAGGUGUUCUUGCCUCACAAAGAAUAUCCCUGUUUGCUGUAUCCUAUUUUAAGGUCUGCCAGUUUCUGUUAUAAGCAAGGUUUAUAACUCAGCUGUAAAAACUUGCUCAGGGCUGAAACUUUUACUCCAAGCGCUCCAUCCUAUAGCAAAACAUUUCCUCCCACUCACUCUGAAAGCAUUGAAGUGACUGUUUUAAGUUACUAGUGACAGCUGGGUUUUAGCACUGCUCGAAUCUUAUAAGAGCUUUCUUUAUUUGACUGAAAUUUUGCAGGACUUUAGUCCUUAAUAUAAACUAGUGCCUUUGUGUAGUUUGGAGAGCAGAACGGUAACUACAGCAUUAAUUUAUUUUUGAAACUUCCUGCCUAUAGUAAUCUUGCUUCCCUGUCAAAUUUUUCUUACAAUUGUCAAAUGUAUAUGCUGUUUUGGGCUUUUUGGUGAUACAUAAUUAUGCAAGAAAUGUAAUAAGUUUUAUUUGGGGACCAAUAAUAUUCCUUUUUAAAAGCUUUAGGAGCAGUGUUCUCACUCCAGUGCACUAAAACUAGAUGAAAUGCAGCCUUUGAUCUGAGGUGUGUUACUUGGAAGCCAGUCCCCAUGGAAGUAGGAUUUCCAUCUAUUGUGCUUAGGAGUGUUGGUUUCGCAGCUCCUUCCAACUGUCUUCAUUAACUUCUGCAGCCUGCAUUAUCUGUGAAUCCUCUAUGGGAAUAUACUCAAUGGAGAGCUAAAUAAAAGGAAGUUUUGCUAAAUCCGUGCUGAUCUGAAAGCAGGUCCGCCCUGUACUUCACUGAGCAUCCCAGGAAGAACGCAGUACACCACUCCCUUUCAACAUGUUGUUCACCACCAUCAGUACACUCUGGACUUUUUUUUACUUAGGAAGGCCCUACUAAACCUACUAAAGUUCAGCAAGUUUGGGGUUCUGCCCUGAUGCUGUUUGUUCACCACCAAUUUUGAGAUGACUGAGACUUUUUUAAAAAGAAGUUUUUUCUCCCUCUAAUGAAUGAAAACCCAUACUUUGUAAAGUCACCAAAAAAGUGUUACUGAGGACAGAAAAGGGGGGAUGAAUCCUUGACUUCUUCACAACAACUCCUACUAGACCCAUUUAAGACGCCACAGAACAAAAUCCAAUUAUAAUGGCUCAGAGGCUCACUCCUACCUUUUUUCCAAACAGAUAUGCAGUGGAUCAGUUAUCAGCCUAAUCCAGUGGCUUCUCACACUUUGGUACUCUGCAUUGGUGCCUGUGCACUUAAAAUUUUAGACUAUACUGGGUGUUUUCAAGAUGAAUGUGAUUUUAGUACACGGACUUCAAAUUCUGUUUUGCAGUCUGGACUCAAUUCCUGUUGCCAUAACAGCUAUUAGAUUUACUUGUGAUGGAAAUGGACUCAGCAGGUGUCAGUUUGGGAAACAGCACUUGUGGGUUCUUGGUUAUUGCCUGCUUCUGCAUGACAACUCAUGGUCUAAACAGUUCUUCAUGCUCAGGUUCCAGGGAAAGAGAUCAAUGGCAGACAACCAAAAGGUUAUUAAAGGGGUGGUAAAGGAAUAAUUUUUUCCAGUUCCCCUAUCUCACUGCAGACUCUCACUUCACCUUCCACAUUAGUCCUGAGUUUCUGUCAUUCAGCAUGAUUUUAGAGAAAUAAGUGGGCUGCAGCAGGAGGGGGAAGAUCUGCAAGAAAAGCUCUUUUCUGGGUGUGACAUGACUUAUAAUAGCAGAAAGCAGCCUUUGUUUGCAUAGGGCUCUGUGGAGUCCUGUGCAAGCUAUACUCAAAGUAUACUAAGUCAGGAAUUGAAAUUACUCAAGCUGUUACCUUUUGCUGCCUAAUUUUCUUAGACAUCUCCUAUGCCUAAUUGGCACACUGUCAAGUACAAGAAAUGAAGAAUGUAUUGAUUUUGGUAUGCUUCUUAUGUAUUCCUUUUUUUAAAAAGUUACCUCUGGAAGCUAAGUUUCUUGUGUAAAUUGAGUUAAGCAUGACCCAUAGUUAACAUUUCAUACAUUGAUCUGUCUACUGGUCAUUGUUUAUUUUGAAAAAGCACUAUUUAAAAAUAAUUAAUUCCUAAAUAUUUUAUGGUAAAUACAGAGUUAUAUUGCUAGUUUUACAUAUUGGUUGCAUAUAUUAUUAAUAAUUCUGUUCAAGGAAAAUAAGAUUUCUAUAUUUCAUUAUGUACAUUUUCAAGUAACUGCAGAAGCAAGGGCAUAUCUGCUCCUGGAACCAUUUUAUUGCUCAUUGUUUUAUGCAACUUAAAGCAACUGUUUAAUACCUAUAUAAUUAAA